AUGAAUCUCAGAGAUAAGCCGAAGUCGAAGAUUACGGCUUCUCGUAAGCUGUCCCUCAAGAUGCUCCUCCUCACAAGAGCCUGUGAGGAUUUGGAGAGGGAGAGACAGGAGAGGGAGGAGGAGAAAGUGCGCUACCUAGGAGACAAGUUGCCCCCUUUGCAAAUGUCUGGACUAUCACUGGAUGAACUACAAAAUUUAUGCAAGCAGCUCCAUUCAAAAAUUGAUGUUGUGGACGAGGAGAGAUAUGACUGUGAAUACAAAGUGGGCAAACACAAUAAAGAUAUCCAUGAGCUGAAGCUGAAGAUACAGGACCUUGGGGGCAAGUUCAAAAAGCCUGCCCUGAGGAAGGUGAGGGUGUCGGCAGAUGAGAUGAUGCGAGCUCUCCUGGGCUCCAAACACAAGGGCUCCAUGGACCUCAGAGCCAACCUCAAGUCUGUGAAGAAGGAAGACGUCAAGACGGACAAGGUGCUCACUUCUGAAGUGGGCGACUGGCGUAAGAACGUGGAGGCCAUGUCGGGCAUGGAGGGCCGCAAGAAGAUGUUCGACACAGGCAGCGGAGACAAGUGAGACUCUCUGUGAGGAGUCCUGCAGACGAUG